AUGCCUUCUAAGUUGUUCCCUUCCACCUUCGCCCUCCUGCUCCUCUUAGUCCUCCUCUCUAGACCUCCGACAUCGGUCUUGGGGGACAAUUCGCCUCCGGUAUGUCCAUAUCCAUGCCUUCCUCCUCCGACGUCGGUCACCAACUGCCCUCCGCCGCCUCCAUCAGCCGAGAACCCUCCUGAGUCGGGAUAUCCACCUCCUCCACCAAGCACGCCUGAGAAUGGGAAUUAUCCUCCACCAAGCACGCCUGAGAAUGGGAAUUAUCCUCCACCAAGCACGCCUGAGAAUGGGAAUUAUCCUCCGUCAUCGCCAUCGGGAUAUCUUCCAUAUAUUCCACCACCAUAUACCAACUUUCCUGCACCUCCUCCUCCUAACCCAAUAUUGCCUUAUUUCCCUUGGUACUACAAGACACCACCAUCGGCUUCCAAGGCCCCUCCUCUGGCGAACAAUGUUCUCGGUGGUUUGCUCGUGGCUUCGCUCAUGAUGACGCUGGAUUUGAUUGUAUUUUAG